AUGGAUAAGACUUCUGUUCAGGAGGCAUCCUCCCCCGCCGAUACCGACCGUAUUUCCGACCGUCAUGCUUCAGAAGACGAAAGCUCACCCCAGAUUGAGGACGUCGAAGCCCUCAAGGCCGAAGUUGCCUUUCUCCGGGACAAACUGGAGAUUCUUCAGGGAAAAGCUUCGCUCGACUUCAAGUUGCAAAUGCAGAUGCUUACUGCCGGGGCCACGGGCUGGCCAGAUUAUGAUUUCGAGGUCUUGGGGGACCACAUCCGCCGGGUUAUGUAUCGCAUAGAACAUUGGUGCCAACAACAUGCCCGGCAAGGUAUGCCUGAUACCGUUGAACUGGAUGACUUGGAAAAGCAAGCCAUCAUUCAUAGCCUAGAAGGCUAUUGGGUCCAAGAUUUGGAAUGGGAUACACUGAUGAAGUCUCUUCCCUACCCUUUCUCUCUGUAUAUGUCGGAGGUGCUCGCUCAGAGCAUCUUGACAAAGAACAUCGUGGAUAAGUUCUUUGUCAACCCAUUUUGGUACCUUGAAGGAGAAGGUCUCGAUCGGCAGGAUCAUACGACGGGUUCAGUCUCCUGUGCACAGAAUCUGCAACAUCUGUACCGACGAUUUUUAGAAAGUGGGAACUUCCCUUCCGCAUCCUUCUAUCAUCCUCAUCUGAUGCUGACCAGGACUGCAGCAAAUGGCAUCAGAGCCACCAUUUGGAAGAAAGAAACUACAAAGGAAUAUCGCACAAACGCUGUCGCUUUGUUCGCCUCCACCCUACUUUCCGACGUCUUUUUCCAGAGGCUAUUAAAAAGUGUGGAUUGCGACGAAGCGACGAAGCGAGAGGACAGUCUUCUGGAGUUAUGCAAAUUUGCUGAUGAGACAGCAAUUACCCUCGGCUCCAAUCAGGGACAUUGUGUGUAUAAGACACUGCCGACUAUGGGAACCACCUUUGAUCCGAGAUCCCACGAAGCGACAUUCCAUAACCUCCAUAAUGUCCGGGGUAAUGCUGACGAUGCCAGAUUGGCUGGCCGUCGCAUCCUAGGUAUAACCCAGCCGGCUGUAAUACUAAAGCUAAGGACUCUGAGGUGUGACGAGAACGUCUUGAAUAAAGCCGAGCUAUUGGUGGAACAUGGUGACUACACCGAGGAAGAUCAUGAGCGAGAGCGACCAAAGCCUUCUGCAAAAACCCUUGAAGAGGUUGAGACAGAAGAAGAAUAA